AUGGGGGGGCAGGGGCGCCGCGGGGCGGGCUGGGGAGGGCGGGAAGGGGGCUCCCCCGGGGCAGCCCGUCCCCCUGAGACACCUCCCAGAGCUAAAAGGCUGCUUCUCUUUUCUCUUGCAGUUACCGAGAAGGAAGUCCAGCAGUGGUACAAAGGCUUCAUCAAGGACUGCCCCAGCGGGCAGCUGGAUGCUGCAGGCUUCCAGAAGAUCUACAAGCAAUUCUUCCCAUUCGGAGAUCCCACCAAGUUUGCUACGUUUGUUUUCAACGUCUUUGACGAAAACAAGGACGGGCGGAUUGAAUUCUCCGAGUUCAUCCAGGCACUGUCGGUGACCUCAAGGGGCACCCUGGACGAGAAGCUGCGGUGGGCCUUCAAGCUCUAUGAUCUGGAUAACGACGGCUACAUCACCAGGAACGAGAUGCUAGACAUUGUGGACGCCAUUUACCAGAUGGUGGGGAACACGGUGGAACUCCCCGAGGAGGAGAACACCCCCGAGAAGAGGGUGGACCGGAUCUUCGCCAUGAUGGACAAGAACGCCGACGGGAAGCUGACCCUACAGGAGUUCCAGGAGGGAUCCAAGGCAGACCCCUCCAUUGUGCAGGCGCUGUCCCUCUAUGACGGGCUGGUAUAGUCCACGGCCCAGAGCCGGGAUGCCUGGGAACCGCUCACCUCCUCCCGUGCCAUGAGGCCACCUCCGCCCCCGACGCCACCCUCCUGUGUUCCCCCAGCCUCUCUCCGCAUCUACACCCAGCCGGGCGGCCCUGGAGCCGCGGGGCCCGGUCUCCUCCCCCCUGCCCUGCACCCACCGCCGCCUGAAGCCACUGGUUCCAAUCGCCAACAACCUCUGCUUGUCCAGAAACCGACACGAAACGGAAAAGGCUACAGCCCCCUGCAAAACCAAGGCCUCGGCUGCUUUGCGGGCAGCCUCUGGGUCCUUCCUGCUCUCCUGUGCGUGUGCUUUUUUUUUUUUUUUUUUAUUUCAAACAGACAUUGACAAAGGGAAAAAAAAAAAGAAAAAAACAACCACCUUCUGUCCUAGAAGAUACAGACUGACAGAUGGGGAGAAGGCUGCCGUGGACCUCAGAGAAGACUGCCUCCCGCCUCGGCUGUCCUUCGGCAGCCGGAGAGGCCACGGGGAGUCACGGCCUCGGCCACGGUGUGCUCGGGGGCAUUGGGGGAGGCCUGCCCGAUUCGCGUUAUUUGUCGUCCCAUCCUCGAGCAGCCAGACCACCUGCGUGGCAAGGAUGAUGAAUUGUGAUGAUGAUGAUUUUUUUUUUGUUUUGUGAUAACAGUAUUGUGCUUUUUGUGGGGAAAGUGAGGUGUUUGUUUUUUUUUUUAUA